GAAAAGCUACCGAAAAAGGAAAGUGAUCUACGACGAAUCUCUUUAACACCCUGCAUCUCUAUGGCUAUGGAGGAAUUUGUAACAGAAUGGAUUCUUGAAGAUAUUGCACAUAAAAUCGAUCAUAAACUGUUCGGCGUUACAAAAGGCACAUCUGCAACUUUGUGCCACUUGGAUAUGUUUCACAAUUGGCUGUUAAAUUUGAAUACGCCCGGCCAGUAUUUGCGAAUUUGUUUUCUAGAUUUUAGCAAGGCCUUCGACCGCAUCAACCUUAACAUCUUGGUUACCAAGUUGGUCCUUUUAGAAGUACGAAGGUCAUUGCCUUGA